AAACACUCCACGAAGAUGGUGGAGAUGGGUAGAGAAUAGAGAUGUGAUUUAAACAUGCACUGAACACGUGCUUCGCGCGUGUAGAUUGAGAUCCUGAGCCGAGGCGAGGGGCGAACGCGAAGAAGCCAAAUUCCCGUGAUCAUGGCGUCUUCCACCCAUCCUCCUCCUCCUCCACCUGCUUCUUCGUCGCUGUCUCCUCCGGAGGUACCCAUGGCGCUCCACGCCCACAACCGCGACAAGCUCCUCCGCGCCCUCCGCGAUCGCCUCGCCGCCGCUUCUCGCCCCCUCCGCGGACUCGUCCUUCUUCAGGGAGGCGAGGAGAAGACGAGGUAUUGCACGGAUCAUGCGGAGCUCUUCAGGCAAGAGAGUUAUUUUGCUUAUUUAUUUGGGGUAAGAGAGCCAGGUUUUUAUGGGGCCGUCGACAUUGCCUCUGGACAAUCUCUUUUGUUUGCUCCAAGGUUACCUUCUGAUUAUGCUGUUUGGUUGGGGGAGAUAAAACCUUUGUCCUACUUCAAGGAAAGAUACAAGGUCGACAUGGUUUUCUAUGUUGAUGAGAUUGCACAUGUGCUACAUGAUCGUUUCAAGGAAUCAGGAAAACCUCUUCUUUUUCUUUUAUAUGGGAUGAACACAGAUAGCAACAACUUCUCAAAGCCUGCUGGAUUUGAGGGGAUAGAGAAUUUUGAGACUGAUCUAACAAUCCUUCAUCCUAUUUUGACUGAAUGUCGCAUUUUUAAAUCUGAAAUGGAGCUAGCCCUUAUUCAAUAUGCCAACGAUGUCAGCUCAGAAGCACAUGUCGAGGUGAUGAGAAGAACAAAAGCGGGAAUGAAAGAAUAUCAGUUGGAAAGCAUCUUCCUUCAUCACAUCUAUAUGUAUGGUGGCUGCAGGCAUUGCUCCUAUACAUGUAUAUGUGCUACUGGUGAAAACAGCGCUGUUCUUCAUUAUGGCCAUGCGGCUGCUCCAAAUGAUAGGACCUUGAAGGAUGGAGAUAUGGCAUUAUUCGAUAUGGGAGCUGAAUAUAACUUCUAUGGUUCAGAUAUAACAUGUUCCUUUCCUGUUAAUGGAAAAUUCACCAAGGAUCAACUCAUAGUCUACAAUGCUGUUCUUAAAGCUCACAAUGCUGUCAUAUCAUCAAUGCGACCUGGAGUUAGUUGGAUAGACAUGCACAAGCUUGCAGAGGAGACUAUCCUUGAGUCGCUGAAGAAAGAAGGGUUGAUUCUUGGCGAUGUCGAUGAAAUGAUGGCUGCAAGGUUGGGUGCUGUUUUUAUGCCGCAUGGUCUUGGACACUUCCUUGGAAUUGAUACCCAUGACCCAGGGGGCUAUGCUAAGGGAAUGGAAAGACCCAAAGAACCAGGAUUAAGUGCCUUGCGAACAGUACGCGAACUUCAAGAGGGCAUGGUUAUCACAGUCGAGCCAGGGUGCUACUUUAUUGAUGCUUUAUUAGGUCCUGCUAUGCAAGAUUCCGUUACGUCCAAGUUUUUCAACCUUAAAGAGGUCGAAAGACACAAGAACUUUGGUGGAGUUCGCAUCGAAAGCGAUGUGUAUGUUACGGCCGAUGGCUGCAAGAAUCUUACGAAAUGCCCUCGAGAACCGUGGGAAAUCGAAGCGGUUAUGGCAGGUGCACCAUGGCCAGGGUGUGGUUCCAUUAACAAAGCUACAGCAAACGGCAUCUUCUAGCACUUUGGAUAAGCAAGUCCUAUAUUAUUGUUCCACCUGAGCAGAGAGUGCACCUUUCACGUUAUUUCCUCUUCGUUAGUGGAAAUGACUGUUAUUGUAAGAGACGUAACUGAUAUUUGGGAGAGAGAUUAAACUGUUCCAAUAAAAUAAUGAUAUGUAAAUCCUGACAAAAUCAUCGAAAAACUUGAAAGAUCACAGUUAGCAUGCUUUGA